AUGCUUAUUGGAAUUUGCGGCGGCAUUUGCGCCGGAAAGAAGACUGUUGCUCAGUAUCUGGUCGAGCACCAUGGCUUUAAGCUGCUCCGUCUUACUGCCCCCUCAGAAAUCUCUAUCCGCAAUGAGACUUCUCACAAUGGCGCUGUUCAAGAUAAAACCCCUGACAGUGCUACUCCCGGUGAUACCAACGUCGGCGCCCCAGUCCUCGCCGCAUCCUCGAUGCCGUCGGUCGCACCAUCUGUCAGCGGCGACACUGAUGCUGGCGCUCAAAAGCAGCCAGGUAAGAAGGGCAAAAAGAAGAAGAACAAGUGCUUCUAUUGUGACGGGGUGGGUCACACCAAGAAAGACUGUCCCAUCGCAAAUGCGCCCUUCGUUCUCGGUGUGACCAUGCCCGUCCGAGGACCGCCUCCGCCUCCCUCCACCAGCGGUACUUCCGUCCGAGGGCCGCUUCCGCCCCCAUCUGUCAGUGGCGCCUCCGUCUCUGCCGCUGCCGCCGCUACCGCCACAGAGGUCACCUUUUCUUCCGCCGACGCCCUCCUCGAAUAUGUCACAACCCGUUGGCAGUCUCGAUUCGUCAUGACCGAUGUCCACACCGAGGCCAUCCUCGACCAGCUCUCCCGCCGCCCCUUCUUCAUGCUGAUCUCCGUCGACGCGCCCCUGACCGUCCGCCACGCCCGCUACCGCGCCCUACACAACCCUCACUGCACCCUCGAAUCUUUCGCCCUAACCUCGGACGCUCACCUCUACGAUCCGUUCGACGGCCUGCAGCCCCUCAUCUCGCGCGCCACGGUCCGUCUCCUCAACACUUCGUCUUCGCUGGCACACCUCUACGCCACGCUGGGCAAGCUCAAGCUCGCGGAUCCCGUAAGAUUGCGCCCUAGCUGGGACGCCUAUUUCAUGUCCCUCGCAACGCUCGCCUCUCUGCGCUCAAACUGCAUGAAGCGCCGCGUCGGCGCCGUGCUGGUCGGCCGCGAGAAGCGCGUCAUAUCCACCGGCUACAACGGCACGCCGCGUGGUCUGCAGAACUGCUCUGACGGCGGGUGCUCGCGCUGCAACUCUGGCAACUCAUCCGGCGUCGGGCUGGCUACGUGCCUGUGCAUCCACGCCGAGGAGAACGCGCUGCUGGAAGCCGGUCGGGAGCGCAUUCGCGAGGGGGCGGUGCUGUACUGCGACACCUGCCCUUGUCUUACCUGCAGCAUCAAGAUUUGCCAGGUCGGCAUCGACGAGGUGGUGUAUGCUCAGGGGUACAGCAUGGACACGGAGACGGCAGCGGUGUUCCGACAGGCUGGCGUGAAGUUGAGGCAAUACAUCCCGCCUCCUAAUGGAUUGAUUCACUUGGAGAAUUUGGAAAAGGUUGAACUUUAUUAA